UAUAGUUGGACUAUGACAAACAACACGCUUAAGAAAUUUCGGGCAAAUCAUGAGAUGUUUUCUAAAGCUGCUGACGAGUCCGUCAUAAGUAACAGCAGUAGCAGUGAUGAUGAAAGUGGCAUCGCAAACCCUCGGCUGCAGAGCAUCUCGAUUUCAUUAUCGGUUAAACGGAAGCUAAAACAUAAUAAAUACAGACGCACAAGCGAUUCGAGACACAAGCACGCCCACCAAAUUUCCAGCAAUAGUAGCGAUGAGGAACAGGAGAACGAGAUAAUGACUAAUUGCAGCACUACUCGAAGGGCCCAAGCAAUAUUCAGCAGACUGAAUUCUUUGGGAAAGAAGGAACGUAAAGCAAUACAAAUGACAGGGACAAAAUUUCAGCCAUUGGCAGUUAGCGUGACACAAAGAUUACCAUUUCGCACAAAGGCGAAGCAAAGCGGUAACGUUGACAUCAACAGCCCGCCAAUUAUUUUAGAGCCAGUUAACAGUCAACCCUUUGAAGACACACUAAUUGAAUGUUCACCAGCCACCUCGGUAGAGCUUGAUGGGAACGUUGUGGCUCCACAGCAGCAGCCGCUGACAGAAAUGGUUAAAAAAAGUACUCGAAGCACAAAAUGCCGCUGCGUUAAAGGCGGAUUGCUGGAAGAGUUCGAAGCUGAGUUGAAGAAGUUACGCAUUGAUCGACAGUGUCUGGCGAACCUUUCUGCAGCCGGCACCAUUGCAACUGUAGUGGAUUUAUUUGAAACCUUUGGAGUAACGAUAGCGCAGGUGCGCACGGAAGACAUCAGCGCAUCCACAUUCAACGUAAUAAUCGACAAGAAAUUGCUGGGAAGCAACGUUCAUGUGGGUUCCACAUUGCGAAUAUGCUGUGAUGUGGUGCCUCUAUUGAUUCCACCAUCUAGUAAUAAUAUGGUCUAUGUUCAGCCCCAUAAAAUAUUUUUAUUAGAUUAAUACAGUUCCUUUUCACUUAAAACUAAAAAUAAUUAAGUAAUUAAUUUAAAAUUUCAGUUUCCGCUUAGCGUCGCUUUUUCUUUUCUAGCUUGCGUAUUUU